UCGACGAGUCCAGGCCUCAGGUUAUACACUCAUACAUCGGGGAUACAUCGGCCUCUCUGAAGAAAGGUGAUAGAGAUCGACCUCGUGAGUUCGCAUAUACGAAACGUACGCAGAGAUGGAGGCUAACCACGCUGAAGCGGGUCGGCAGGUUGCAGCUGCUACGAGCAGAAUCGCGAUGCUGAAGCCGGUGUACGCCGCGCCGCACCCGCUGGCCGGCGGCAAGGUCCAGCUGAGCGUCUUCGACCGCGCCGCCAUCGACACCUACGUGCCCAUCGUGCUGGCCUACCCCGCCCCGGCGCCGUCCAACGAGGCGCUCAAGGAGGGCCUCCUCCGGGCCAUCGCGCCCUACCCUCACCUGCUGGGGCGCUUCGCCCUCGACGCCCACGGCCGGCGCGUCCUGCACCUCAACAACGAGGGCGUGCUUGUCAUCGAGGCCGACGUCCCGGCCGACUUGGCCGACGUGCUUGCCGCCGGCGGCAUGACCACGGACGUCGACGGCUUUUACCCUAGUGUGCCUGACCCUGAGGAGAGCAUUGGAGCGGCAUUGCUGCAGGUUAAGCUGAGCCGCUACAGGUGCGGCGGCCUCCUGCUGGGCGUGAUAUGCCACCACCGCAUCGCCGACGGCCACGCAGCGAGCACUUUCUACGGCGCGUGGGCGACGGCGGUGCGCGAGGGCAAGGGCUUCAUCGUGCCGUCGCCUUUCAUAGACCGCGCGGCCACCGCCGUGCCACGCCGCACGCCCAAGCCGGUGUUCGACCACCGGUCCAUCGAGUUCAAGGGAGGAGAAGGCAGCGGCUCGAGCCAGUCCGAUGCCCUUCUCCCCAUGGACAAGAUCAAGAACAUCACGGUGAACUUCACUGCAGAGUUCAUGGCGGAGCUCAGGUCCCGCGUCGGGGCACGGUGCAGCACGUUCCAGUGCCUGCUGGCGCACGUGUGGAAGAAGAUGACGGCGGCGCGGGGCCUGAGCCCGGAGGAGUUCACGCAGGUGAGGGUGGCCGUGAACUGCAGGGGCAGGGCCAACCCACCCGUGUCCAUGGACUUCUUCGGGAACAUGGUGCUCUGGGCGUUCCCGAGGCUCCAGGUCCGGGACGUGCUGGGCUUGAGCUACGGCGGCGUGGUCGGCGCCAUCCGCGACGCCGCGGCGCGCAUCGACGACGAGUACGUGCAAUCCUUCGUGGACUUCGGCGGAGUGGCGGACGCGAACGGGGAGGAGCUCGAGGCGACGUCGACUUGCGGGACGAUGCUCUGUCCGGACGUCGAGGUGGAUAGCUGGCUGGGGUUCAGGUUCCACCAGCUCGACUUUGGAACCGGGCCGCCCUCCGCGUUCCUGCCCGCGGGGUUGCCGGUCGAGGGGAUGAUGGUCUUCGUGCCGUCCCGCACGGUCAAGGGCAGCGUCGACCUCUUCAUGGCCCUCGCCGAGGAUCACGUCGCGCCAUUCAACAAGAUUUGCUACUCCCUGGAUGAUAUCCUCCCAUCCAGGAUGUAAAAUUACAAAACUGAAAGCAUCAUGCAUUACUUGUUUACAAUAAUACAAGAAAUACACACCGAUAGUUCUUCAUAUAUAUGAUAUCGUUACACAGAAACUUGUCAAGUUGCUCAAAGCUUGCAAACUUUGACUUACACAGAAACCAA